UGUCCCAUCCUGGCUGCCUUCCACAGGAAACCUGACCUGAGGGACACAACGGGAAGGAAGCAGACGUUGCCAUCAAUGUCAGUGCUGAACCCUGGCUGGCCCCACCGAGGGGAGAGCCUCAUCGCUCAGGAUGCAGGUCCACCAGCGAACUUAGACAGUGGCCCAGGCCACCUGCCAGAGGAGGACCCUGAGGAGACCUCUGCUCAGGAUCCUGAAGUUCUGAGCCUGGGGCUCCCUGGCCUGGACACCAACCGAACCCCAAACUGGCCUGGGCUCUGGAUGCUCCUGCAGCAGCUCCCUCCACAAGACAGCGAUGAGCGAUACUGCCUGGCCCUUGGGGAGGAGGAGCUGGCUGAGCUGCGGCUCUUCUGUGCCCAGCGGAGACAGGAGGCCCUGGGACAGGGGGUGGUGUGCCAGAUACCUCCCAGGCUCAAAGAAUGCACCUGUGAGAAGUGCAGGGAUCUGCUGAGGCCAGGGGAAUACGGAGUGUUUGCAGCCCGGGCAGGAGAGCGGCGCUGCUGGCACCCGACUUGCUUUACCUGCCAGGCCUGUGGCCAGGCCCUGAUAAACCUCAUCUACUUCUACCACGAUGGGCACCUCUACUGUGGCCGUCAUCACGCUGAGCUGCUGAGGCCUCGCUGCCCUGCUUGUGACGAGCUGAUCUUCUCCCGGCGCUGCACCGAGGCGGAGGGAUGGCGCUGGCACGAGAACCACUUCUGCUGCCAGGACUGCGCCGGGCCCUUGGGCGGAGGACGUUAUGCCCUGCCGGGGGGUGGCCCUUGCUGCCCCAGCUGCUUUGAGAGUCGCUAUUCGGAUGCCGGCACGAGCCCGGCUGCGACACUGGAAGGAAGGCUGUCGCUUGCAGGGGAGGCGGGGCUCGACGGAGUUGAAGGAGGGGACCGCGCCCCACUACACUCCGCUACUAUCUCCGGAGCAGCCCUCGCCGCAGGCGCCAGCUGCAGUCCAGAAGCCCAGAGGGGGCUGCUUGGAUCCAGCCCGGAGCAGGAGUGUCGAUCUGGGGACAAGGCUGAGGCACCCAAAGGACGAGAGAUGGGCCCCCUGGAGACGCCCAUUGAUCCCAAGGAGGACGCCCCCUGCCCCACCUGCUCCUCUUCCUCUGAUUCAGAACCAGAAGGCUUUUUCUUAGGCCAGCGCCUUCCCCGGUCUUGCAAGACCCCGGGAAGUCUACAAGCUGGGGACAGAGACACCUCCAGGAAGCACUGCACCAUUUGCUAGUGGCGAGCCUGGAGAAGGG